CAACCAAGUAAGCUAAAAGAAUAAGGAUUAAACCAAUCUUGGAUUAGAUAUCUGGACAUGGGUUGUUCCUCAACUAUGGAUAAUAUCAUCCACCAUACCAACACAAACACACUAACAUGAUUCUCUUUGGACAGAUUGGCCAACUGUGAUUAUGGCCCCACCAACUCACAUGCCCAUCAUAAACAUUUCAACUCUCCCAUGCUUACCCCUUUUUAAUUUAAUUUCCCACCCUAUAUAAAACCCUUCAUAUCUCGUGAGUUGUGGGACAACAACAAAGUUGGAACCAGAUACAAACUCUUCCCAACACAGGUUCCAUAUACCAAACUAUUACUAACUCAGAGAUUUAUAUCACACACAAGAUACAUGGAGGUUGCUGUUGAACUGGAUGAUGAUCUGUUCUUUGCAGACUUGAACAGGCAAAUCUCUCUCUUAAUCAUGGAUGAAGAUGAAGACCCUCUUGUUUCUUGUCCUGCAGACUCUCUUCAGUCUUUCUCUGGAGCAAUUCAUGCUCCUCCACAUCCUGCUCUGUUCUAUGAACAAGCUAUGAGAAUACAAAGCAAAGGGACAGGCGUGUUUAUUCCACAGUCCACACAGCCAAGAAGGAAGUAUAGGAAAGGAAGAUCUGGUUCCAAAAAUCAAAAGCAGUCUCAAGAUAAUAAUAAUAAUAAUAAUACAAGAGUGGUUUCUCACCAGGUUCCUAUGGCCAAUUCUUUGAAACCGAGAAAUGGGUGAGGCUUGAGGUUGAUGUCACCAAUAAUCCUUCUGCAAAACUGCAUGAUUAUGGAAAAGGAAGUUCUACUGAUUAUUAUUAGUUACGUUGCCGCCAAUUUCAAUCAUUUAAGGGUCUAAUUCUUUAGUCUUUAGCAGGUAAUAAUAAUAAUAAUAAUAAUAAUAAUAAUAAUAAUAAUUGUAUGGUCAAUUAUUGUACAUAGGAAUGUCAUGUAUACUUACUAUUAGCUAUAGUCUAUUAUAAGAAGGUAUACUAAAAAGUAUUGUGACCCUUUCACCAUGUGGACAAGGACAAGCGGUGGAUAUUCCUUAUGACCUUAUCUGGUCUCAUAACAUUAUCCUUGUUUCUAAUAAUAUCUGUCCACUUAAUUUUGUACAGUGCAUGUGUGUUACUGUUAUGUAUAAGAUGGCAAUCAAAAGAUAUGUAUGAUAUCAAAUCACAGUAUCACACAUUAUUGAUGCAAGA